AUGAAGAUUGAAGGCCAUAAAACAUUGGAACAGAAGAGCAAGUUCCGGGCUGCUUUCGACGUUUUCGUUCAGGAUGCAGCUGACGGGUGUAUCAGCACCAAGGAGCUGGGCAAGGUGCUGCGGAUGUUAGGCCAAAACCCCACCCCGGAGGAGCUGCAGGAGAUGAUCGAUGAGGUCGACGAGGAUGGCAGCGGCACAGUGGACUUCGACGAGUUCCUCGUCAUGAUAGUGAUGAGCAACAAGGAUGAGAGCAAGGGCAAGUCUGAGGAGGAGCUGGCUGAGUUAUUCCGCAUGUUCGACAAGUAGGUACAUCCCCGUGGGGCAUCCGC